AUGGUUGACCUCACCACAAUCCACGCCUCCAACGCAUCCCUUCCCACCCACCUCACCGCUGUCUUCGUAGGCGGCACCUCAGGCAUCGGCCUCUACACCCUCCUCGCCCUCGCGCGGCGCUGCAAAGUCCCCAAUAUCUACUUCAUCGGGCGCUCUCAACAAGCCGCAGAUCGCAUCCUCGCCGACCCGCACACCCUCAAUCCAAAUGGCACGUACACCUUCAUCCCCUCCGAUGUCUCCCUCAUCAAAAACGUCGACGCCGUCUGCGCCCAAAUCGCCGCCAGAGAGUCCCACAUCAACAUCUUGUGUCUGAGCCAGGGCACCAUGUCCGUCGGUCAGGAGACGUCUGAGGGCAUGCAUCUCAUCGCCUCGCUCAUCCUCCACUCCCGCAUACGCUUUACCGUAAACUUGCUCCCCCUCCUGCGCGCGGCGCCUGGGACAAAGCGCGUGGUGUCCAUCUUCACGGGGACCAAGGAGGGCCCGCUCACGGCACCAGAGCUGCAAAUGCGCACCGUUAAGAGCCCGCUCAAAGCGCGUGGACAGGCCGCCAGCGCGGUGACGUUGUUGCUUGAGGAGAUGGGCAGGCGCGCGCCAGAGGUAGGAUUCGUGCAUACGUAUCCCGGCUUCGUGAGUAGCAACAUCGGGCGGGACUUUGGGGUUGUGGUAAAAGGGCUGGGGUGGGUGUUGGAGAGGACGGUGGGGAAGUGGCUGUAUAUCCCCGUGGAGGAGAGCGGGGAGCGGAAUUUGUGGCUGUGUACGAGUGGGAGAUUCGCUGGGGCUGCUGCGGGAGAGGAGAAGGGUGUCGAGGUGGCGGUUGGGACGGAUGGGCGUGCGGGCAGCGGGGUGUACACUAUUGACGAGAAGGGGGAGAGCGGUUGCGAGGCGGUGCUGCAGGUCCUUCGCGAUAUGCGGGUGCAAAAGAGAGAUGUAUGGGCGUGGGAAGAAGUCCGUAAAGAGUUCCUCCGAAUAACAGGAAAAGAGAGUAUGUAG